CCAUUCAUCAGUGCCUGUCUUGAAACGAUCAUCAAAUAUAGUUGUGUAAACAGUGCAUUACGCGUAAUACGAAUCAUGAUUACAUUCAAGAGAUGGAAAGUCAGUUCCGUACGAAAAAGAGUUUCCAGAUAACAAUGCGAGUGUUUGGCACGCAGAUCUUGAUGCAAUAACGCAAAUUUGGAGUCUGGUAUUGACCAUCCAAGAACAUUAAACAUAUUAUAUCAUUAAAGGAUCGAUUCAUGUUUGUGCUUAUGUAACACCUUGUGGGAAAUUGAUGUCGCAAAUGUUAAUUAUAUAAGAAUGUUGAGAAUAACUUGGGUAUGGAUGACCAUUUGGUUAGUCAAUGCUCAGUUGUGUGAUUCAUCAGGCAAACUCAUUAUUCGUUUUUUGCGAUUAAAGAACAACAAAAGAGUAAACAAUAACGCUUGUUGUGAAAGUAUUCUUGCUAUUUGUUGGGAAGCCUGCGACAUAUUUCUGGAUAUCUGCGUCACUGAAGUUGGCCAAGCCAGAUGUAAUUCUGAGAAAUUUAAAACUAAGGUUUUAGGUAAAGGUAGUUUCACAUUUAAUGGAGAUCUCGGAAAUAGCAGGGCUAAUCCACUGGAGUACAGUUUUCAAAAAUGGCAGGGCUUCAGUCUCGCGAUCGAAAUUUGGGAUUUCGACAGUGGCUUUCUGAAAGGCUCCAGCGACUUCGUAGAUAAUGUUCAUUUGGAUAUUAAGGAGAUGCCUCAACGAGACUCGGGUUCUGCGAGAAGCGUUGCGCACAAAAUGAAUUCAUCUACCUCCCCGAAUGAACGUUACAUAGAUCUCGAAAUUAGCAUAUACUGCGAUGACAACUUCUUGGUCCCAGACUGCGAAAAGGAAUGUAUAGCACGUGACGACGCACGUGGACACUAUACGUGCGAUUAUGUCAGAGGUUUAGUUGUGUGUAAUCAGUACUGGUAUGGAGACCGCUGUACGCACUACUGCAAACCCGGAAAUGAUACCUUCGGUCAUUACUCAUGUGACAAAUUUGGCGCUAAAAUUUGUGCGGCGGAUUGGUUUGGCGUCAAUUGUUCAACGUUCUGCAAAAAUACGGGCAAUUCGAGCGUGCAUUAUAAGUGCGAUACUUCCACCGGGGAAAAAAUUUGCCAACCCAAUUGGUACGGAGAAACUUGUGGGACUUUCUGUAAAGCCCAGGACCAUAGAGACGGACAUUAUUCUUGUAACAAGACGAGUGGAGGGAGGGUCUGUUUGGAGAACUGGUUCGGGACUGAGUGUACAAAGCAUUGUUCUCCACAAAACACUCCAUUAUUGGGUCAUUUCAAAUGUGACGUCAACGGGGACAAAGUUUGUCGCUCUGGAUGGCGGGGGGUCAACUGCACUAUAGAAAUUUCAACAAGCGACAGAAGGAGGGUAAUGACCAGGGUGACGACCAGAAUAACGAAUGGGGUGACAACCAGGGUGACGACUGGAGUGACGACCAGGGAGACGACUGGGGUGACGACCAGGGUGACGACCAGGGAGACGACUGGGGUGACGACGGUAGUUGAACCAAGCUACAACAUGCAACAUCCCCUGCUCUCAAUGACAACGAAAAGACAAACGCCAUCAAUUUAUGAGAAAUCAACCUCAAUGACAACAUCCUCAUCCAUCACAAUCAACCGCUCGUGGGGUAUCAAUCAACCAGACUCCUCUACCUCGCUGUAUGUUGUCAAUAAUCCUAUGACAAGCGAGCAAAACACUCACGAGGCUGUCGUGUCUCCUUCAGUGACAACCUCAAAUGAACGUUAUUCUACAACUUUUGAGGAAUUUUUCCUUUCAAAAAUGACACCAUACAAACUGACUCAGACUGUAUCUGAAAGUCCUUCUCAAUAUGAAGAAUCUUUUCAGAAAACUGAAGCAACAAACGCGUAUUUAUCUUUUUCAACCAUUGGAACACUCAAGCCGUGGAAACUGAGUAAAACUAACUCAAUAUUUAGUCCUCUUUCAUUGACGCAAUUGAUAGAAUACAGUCUCCAUAACAGAGCAAGCAUCGUCAAGACAUCGAUAUCAAAUAUUUCCGGCCUAUACUCGACAACCGUCUCAGAGAGAGCUGGAAAUAACUUGAUCUCUACACAAGUUACAACAACCCAAAUACAGGGCGUUAGAGUGGCCAGUCCAGUUUUCAUAACUAGGUCAGCAAUAAUGAGGUCAUUUAGUCCAGCAAAGAGAUCUGCGAUUGGAGGAGCAUCAUCAUCUUGUAGUCUGAUUACACUUGGUCCAGUCUCAGUGAGGAGAUCAGAUGUGACGAGGAUAUCAAGUAGUCCAGGUUCACUAACAAGAUCAGCAAUAGUGACGUCAUCAAGCGUCAAACCAACAAGAAGUAGCGGGAAGAUUGCGAGGAAAAAAGAAAAUCAGUUUGUUGUCGUAUUUUUCCCCAGCGUGUGUUUCAUGAUCGUUGUUGGACUCGGAAUAUGCGUCAAGAUUCGGCAAAAAAAACUAAAACGUGUCCAGAUUGCUCCUAUGAAUGUGACUAGUGAUGUCUCAGAGCACCCGGAUGCAAGGUCAACACACAUCUUAAGAAACCUUUCAGCAAAACAGGAAGUGAUGGGAAUGAGCAAAAUCACAGCAAAGGGGAAAUGAACUAGCUUCUCGCUAAUUCAAAGAGAUAUACCUUCAAACAAUGGAACUAUUCUUGGAUCAUAGUAUAUUUGAUCUUCAUUGGUCAUGAUCUGUUACCUGAUAGCUGACUGUCAGAGUUAUAAAUCAAUAUUUCUUACUUUUAGCCAUAAUAUCGAAUAAUAAAACGCAAUUUACAUAACACGCCUUUUAGUCACUAUGACGAAACUAACUAACAAAGGCGAAUUGUAAAUACAAACUUUCACGAAAAAUUAUUCCGACCCAGCUAAAUAAAGAUGUAUUCUUGAAAUUCAAAAUUGGCGUGUCUUGAAUUAUAAAGGCUAUUCGCAUUUGUACCCGGAAAAGUCGGAUUGGAAAACUAUCAAUAUAUGAGGUCAAAAUACAAAGCAACUUAUACUAGAAUGUUUUUUUUAACUUAAAUUUUAAACGCGGGGACCCUGGGUACGAGGUUGCUGCUCUGGGCCUCUGGCUAUAAGAUUCUGGCUGUAAGAAUCUGCCAGACCUGUUCAAGACGUGAAGAUGAACUUCGUAUCGUGUGGUGUCUUUGUUGUGUUCCUUACCAGCCUCAUUUCACAGAAUCCGACAGAAGGAAGGUCUGGAAACUUUGGAGUUUCUGUGAAGAACAUCACUCGUAAAGCAGAAAACGAAACGUGUCAAGGAGGAGGAAAUGAUUGCAAAUAUUUCCUGGAAUUGUGUUAUUCAUAUUCCCCGCACAGAAACUGUUCAAUAUUCCCCCUCCUAAAAACAUUAUCGUGGGUAAUAAAACCCGGUACGAGCAAGAUUCUCCGUCUUUGGCACGACGAUCUUACAAGUACUGUCUAUAACCCUAUCAUGGUGAAUUUUGAAAGAUGGCAAAAUAAAGACGUUAUUCUUGAUGUGAACGUUUCAAGAGAUGAUACAAAGGACGUCUUAGUUGACAGAAUUCAAAUCAAAACAAGGUUACCGUAUCCUAUUAACGAUGUUAAAAAAAUUGACGUGCAAGAAAACUACAGAUCAAACUGCGGUCAGUUUUUUUGUCUUGGCGUGCUUAUCUAUGCCUGGUGUGAUGAUGCCAUUGCUUGUGCAGGUCCACCUCCAGCAUCUUCUUCGUCAGUGAUGUUCAGUAUCUCAUCGUCAACAAAAUCAUCAAGUCUGAUGCCUUCCUUGCCAUCUUCAACAAAAGUACAAAGUCUGAUGACGCCUUUCGUGUCGUCUUCAACAAAAACAUUUAGUCUGACGCCUUCACCCUCGUCCUCAACAAAAAUAUCAAGUCUGAUGCAUUCCUUAUCAUCUACAACAAAAACAUUUAGUGUGACGCCUUCGCCCUCGUCUUCAACAAAAAUAUCAAGUCUGAUGCAUUCCUUAUCAUCUACAAAAAAAACAUUUAGUGUGACGCCUUCACCCUCGUCCUCAACAAAAAUAUCAAGUCUGAUGCAUUCCUUAUCAUCUACAACAAAAACAUUUACUCUGACACCUUCACCCUCAUCUUCAGCAAAAAUAUCAGACCCAGCAGGUUCUUCAGAGCAAUCCUCGCAAGGUUUUUCGGAGAAGACAUGGUGGUUCUGGGUAGUGAUAGUUUUCGUUAUUGUUUUCUGUCUGUUGGUGACUUGGUUGGUGUAUCAAAAGGCAAAAAGGCGGAAGUCCCAAAGAAUCUUCAUCAAUAUGCCGGAAUCGAAAACUACAGUCAUAAUGCAAAACCUGCAUCAAUCAUGGCAUCACUAAGCAUGGAAACACUGUUAUUUAACAAUUAGACAACGAGUCCGAGUUGUCUAUGAGCGAAUAGUCAACGAGGCGAAGCCGAGUUGACUAUUUGCUCAUAGACAACGAGGCCGAGUUGUCUAAUUGUUUUAGUAUAAACUAUAACAUUAAUUUACAACUAGGAAACACAAUAUAAAAUUCUUGUUGGCUUGCAAACCAUUCUGAAAUUUAUUUCGUAUAUUAAAGGAAGAAAAUAUUUUAAUUGUUGUUCGCGUAAAAUG